UUUUUGUCUUUUGAGAAACUUUACUAUAACUUUGAAACGUCCCCUGAGAAAAACCUACCGCACAUUAAUUAAUGUCAAUUGAAGCAUUUUUCUGAUUAUAAAUUUUAAAAUAUAUUUUAUACAUUAAACGAAACGAAUUUCCAGUGCGUGUUUUAAGGUAUUUGGGAAGAAGGACAAUGGCUACCGAUGAUUCUAAGUGCAAAUUGGAAAGUUUUGUUACCUAUAAUAAAAAAAUAUUAGGAGCCGGCUUAAAUUAUAUGGACAUAAUCAAAAGUCGAAAUCUGCCAAUCCCGGAAGAGCCAAUACUUUUCCUUAAACCGUCAACUUCGCUAAUACAAGAAGGCCAAAAUAUAAUUAUUCCUAAAGUCUUCAGUAAGGUGGCUCAUGAGGUGGAAUUGGCGUGCGUGAUUGGGAGGCGUUGCAGAAACGUUUCCAAAGGGAGUGCCAUGCAAUUCGUGGGUGGGUAUUGUUUAGCUUUGGAUAUGACAGCCCAGUGUUCGUUGCAAGUCGCCCGAAGUAAAGGCUUGCCUUGGUCUCUGGGGAAAGGUUUCGAUACAUCGACACCGGUUUCCCGAUUGUUUACGCCGGAUGAAAUACAAGAUCCACACAAAUUGGAACUCUGGCUUAAGGUUAAUGGCAAUAUUCGACAAACAGGCAAUACGGGAGACAUGAUUUUUAAAAUUCCCGACAUUAUUGAAUAUGCAUCAAAACAUAUGACAUUGGAGCCAUGCGAUAUUAUUCUUACUGGGACUCCAGGAGGUGCAGACCCCGUGGCCCCUGGCGAUGUGAUUGAAUGUGGCUUGGGAGAUUUAAUUGAAAUGAAAUUUGAAGUAAAGGCUGAAUGAGAUUGAUGCUGAUAUCAAAUAAUUGUUGUUGUUACUUUUCAAGAUCAUUUUAAAACGGAAGCCGUGUUUGUUAUUAUAAUCCGCAGCAAUAAAUAAAAA